GCCGUAUCUACAUGUACCUUUGGUCGCCAUCGUCUUCACCACUGUCGCCUUGCUAUUGCGCCCUCGCGCGUUGCUUCGCCCAAUCGUUUCUUCUUCUGCAUCAUCGCCAUCAUAAUAUUCUUCUUCCUCUUCAACAUACUCUUCCCCAUUGUUCCCUGUGCAUGUGCAGCAAGUAAUCGAUUCGCGUGAGCCGGCCAUCAACCCGUCUAGCCACAACCCGCACACGCCUACUUACUCAAGCUACCCAUACUACUACUCUGGACUACUGCUGGGUCGGACUGCUCCAUCUGAUCGUCGUGCGUUUAUUCGCCCACCCAGGUCAUUUCCUGGGCCGCCCAUCACUGUGAAACUUGUGGUAGUCCGGUCUCGCUCAACAUGUCCAACCUUCACGGCUUCACCACCCACUUCCCUGCCGGCUAUCCUGCUGUCCACCCCAGGCCGGGCUCUUUUGCACUUGGUAGCUCUGCAGGCAGCCCAAGCGCUGGAACACCCCAAUUUGAUAUUUUCGAAUGGCACCCCGCGUACCAGAGCUGCCAGCGCUAUUUUCUCGACCACGCCCAGCAUGACAAUGGCGUGCAGGCUGUCGCCGCCUUGAUCAACAUCUGCCUACCUUUUCAAUGGCCCUCCAACCCCAUCCUCAAUUCAUCUGGUCCGCUGCCAAACUCUUCAGGGCAGCCACCCUACAACAACAUGCCCUGGCCCCGGCCCCCCAACAAUUCUCGGGGACAACCCGCCCCUGCAUGGGUUUCUCUAGUGCCCUUUAUCCGACGGCUCAUCAUCACAGGCAUGGAUAAGGAAGGCAUCAUGCACGGCUUCUUUGGUGAUGAGUGGCGGAAGGGAGUGGGCCCUGUGCACGAGUGCGAGCGACGCAACUACCUCUUCGCCGCCAAGAGUGGGUGGGCAAGUGUCAAGACUCAAUACGACAUGUCUCCCCAGGAAUCCGUUCCCUUCUUGAAACCUCUUCAAGAUGUUCAAGAGGCUGAAAUCGACAGCGCUGAGAAGAUGUGGAGCCAGUGGCUGUACAUGCGCGAUUGGGAAAUAGGCCCAAGGGCGCCCGAAUCGGAUGGCGGGGGGUCUUGA